AACUUUAAAGCAACAAAAGAUGUUAUCUGCAAUUUUAGUUGUUUUAAGUCUUGACGUGACGUCAGUGCUUAAGUGCAUAGUUUCCUGAUGAAUUCUAAUUGCAAAUUUUGUGAUGUGUAUUUAUGUGUUGAGUAAUUUGGUUUUUACUAUUUAAUAAUUCACAAUUUACGUUGACUAGUCAUCUGGCUAUAUUAUUGUUUUGUUAUAUUUUUGUUUUUAAAUAAGCUGCCUAGUGCCAAAACACAGAACAAUACAAUUAUUUAUUGACAGAUUAUUGUUGAAAACAGAAUUUUUUUUUAAAUAAUGUUUUUUCCUAAACAUUUAUACAUAUUUUUUGCAUUUUUAUUGCCAGGCAUAGCAUUUGACACUUUACACUUAAAAUGUGAAGUGUGUUGUCGUCUUGUCGAAGAAAUACAACGUAAUGUUAGUUCUGUGGAUCCAGCAAAUAUUGUGCAAGUUUCUAAUUUUCGGUUGGAUGGCAAUGGUGACCAAAUAAAACAGACUGUUCCAUUAGCUCGAUCACAAUUGUAUUUAACAGAGGUAAUGGAAUCUGUGUGCGAAAAGAUGAAUGAUUAUGUACGAGCUACAUUUAAGAAGAAUGGUACCUUGACAGUUAUGCCAUUGAUACUAGAUGGCAAAAUGAAUCCGUUGAUGAGUGAGGUGGACGUGGUUCAAGAUUCUGAUCUGAACAAAAGUUUACAGUAUUAUUGUGAAGACAUUGUCGAUGAUAUUGAAGAAGAUCUCAUAAAUAUUAUUAAGUCUGAAGAUGAUGAUCACAUUGUUCAUUCCAUUUGUACUAAUGUUAUGCAAUUGUGUCCAACAAAAAAUAAUAAAGUAGAAUUAUAACCAAAAGUUAUUA